AUGGCGCUGCGCGGCCGGGAGCCGCUGUGCCUCACGCUCCGGACGUACGGGGGGCGGCGCGGCCAUGGCGGCCUUGGCGGCCUGCGCCGGGUGCAGCUGACCAGCAACUGGUUCUCGCCUCAGGAUCGGAAACGCUUCUUCAGCAGCAGCAGCAGCGGAGGCGGCGGCGGCCUCGAGGCCUCCGACUCGUCGGACGAGGACUUCCAGCCCAGCCGGCCGCGGAAGAAGCGCCCCCUCCCUCCGCGGGCGCGGAGGCGAAGGGGCAGGAGGGAGGAGGCGGAGAAUGAGCCCCUCGGCUCGGCCGGGCGGGUGGUCCCCUCGCGGCCGCCGCCUGGUAACCGGGGGCUCCCGUUGCUAAGCAGCACCCCGAGCGUGGCGCCCCGCUCUCCAUCCUCCCCCGCGGGCCCCGGCUCCCGUCGGGGAGGGGAGAGUGGGGCCUGCGGGGCCCCCCCAGCCCGCUGCCCCUCGGGGGUCCGGACCGUCCUGUGCGAGCUGAGCCCCGUGCCCCGUGGCGGCGGCGGCCCCCCCACUUUGGAGCUGGCCCCCGCCAAGGGGGGACCCCCCCGGAGGGCCACCCGCGGCCCCUUCCUCGCCCAGGCGGGCCACCGCACCUCACCCCGCGAUGCCAGGCGAGCCAGCCCCUUGGCGGCCCCGAGGACCGCGGGGGAUGCUCAGGGCGGGUCACAUUCGAGGGACACCAACAACAGCCUGGGGAGACCACCCAGGAACAGGUGCUACAACCUCAGGACGAGCAUGGAGCCCUUUCGCCCGUCCUUGUCCUUCCCCACGGCGGCCGACGCCUCCUCGCCAGAAGGAAGGGCCCCCAAGCCUUCGUCCUCUCCGGGAGCCGCGAAGAAGGACCGCUCCGGGGGCUUCCCAAAGGAGGAAGGAGGGGGCACCACCACCAGGAAAGCGUGCAUCAGCGGAGUUAGUUCUACCCGCUGGCGAAAGGCAAGGCCCCGCAGAGCUGGGCCCAACAGAAAAGCGGAGCAGCGACGACCGCGGGCCCCGGAAGAGUCCUCCCUCCUCCACGAUCACCUCUCGAGGAAGAAAAGACAGGCGUCGGUGCCGCCUCUUCCCUCCCAGGACAAGUCUUUCCUCAAGAAUCCCCUGGGCUGGGCCAGAACCAAAGCCUCUCACUCGUUACAUAAAAAGAAGAAAGUGACAGCCUCGGCGAACGGCGGCGGCGGCGGCGGCUCUCUAAGCGUUCCGGUUUGCGAGACGGACGUUUCGGGGUGUUCCAGAGUCAGCGGCUAUUACUCCUUCUGGCAGGCCUCUUCCGUGACAAUGUUGACUCCCGGGAGUUCCCUCGCCUUUGCGGAAUUAAUGCCGACCGACGCGGAGAAGGUGUACGGGGAGUGCCGGCAGGACGGCCCCAUCUCCUUCGAUCAGUGCAUCCCCCCGGACAAAAUGAAGAAGUGUGAGAAGAUCGGGGAAGGGGUGUUUGGCGAAGUCUUUCGGACAGUGGGUGACAACAGGCCCGUUGCCUUAAAGAUCAUUCCUAUUGAAGGCACGGAGAGGGUCAAUGGAGAAGUUCAGAAGACGUUUGGCGAAGUCCUUCCGGAGAUCAUUAUCUCGAAGGAGCUGAGUCUCUUGUCCCAGGGAGGAACAAACAGGACGGAGGGUUUCAUUGGGUUGCAUUCCGUACACUGUGUGAAAGGAGCCUACCCCAGGCACCUUCUCCGCGCCUGGGACCAAUAUGACAAAAUCAAGGGGUCUGAGAACAACCGGCCUGACUUCUUCGGGGACCAGCAGCUCUUUGUGGUGCUGGAGUUCGAGUUUGGCGGCAGCGACCUGGAGAACAUGAAGAAGGCGCUGAGCUCGGUGGCGACCGCCAAAAGCAUCUUGCACCAGGUCACCGCCUCCCUGGCCGUGGCCGAGGCGGCCCUCGGGUUCGAGCACAGGGACUUGCACUGGGGCAACGUGCUGGUGAAGAGGACCAACCUGAAGAAGCUCCAGUACACGCUCGACGGGAAGACGUGCGCGAUUGCCACCCACGGGGUCCACGCCAACAUCAUAGAUUAUACGCUGUCCCGCCUGGAGAAGGAGGGGUUAACCGUCUUCUGCGACAUCUCCACGGAUGAGGAGCUGUUCCAAGGCCAAGGGGACUUGCAGUUUGAGGUGUACAGGAAAAUGAAGGAGGAGAACUCCAACAACUGGGCCCAAUUCCACCCUUACAGCAACGUGCUGUGGCUGCAUUACUUGGCGGACAAGUUUCUGACGGCAGUGUCCUACAAGACGAAGCCCUCCACCUCGGCCAUGAAGGCAGUGCAACAACAACUCAAGCAAUUCCUCAAGACAGUUCUGAACUUUAGCUCUGCCACCGAGGUGCUUCAUGGGCACUGCCUGUUUCAGUAAGCGAACGGUACCUCAUAGUGCGGGACUGAGGAAGAGUUGAGUUUUCCUGAGCUUUUCCUUCCAUUCCAGGUGGAGCAGCUAACAACGGUGGUGCAUUUAGUAUUUUUGCCCCAUCUGCUUCUGUUUAAAUUAAAUUUUCUAUCUGCACUUGUUUACAAAUCAUUCAUUUUUGUAAUUCAGUACUGUCGGGCACUUGAAAAUAAACUGGUAUAUAAGAAAAACAGU